AUGAUCCCGGGCGGGCGGAGCCAAUUAGGAGGAAAUGGUACAGUUGGCUGACUCCUCCUAAGAAAACCGGCGACAAGCAUCAGUACCCGGCAGUUUCAUCGUACAUCUGUACCGCUUUCAACUCAACGUUACAGCAGCGUGUUAAAUCUCUUGAGCCAGUCUUAGGUCACUCACAAAAACCACACCAACACUUACUUCUAAACCAAGCGACACUUGUAUGGUGCAAUUUUUUAGAAAUAUACGCCAAGGGCUUGGAGAUUAACGUUUCAGAGAAAUUGCUGCAGGAUGGAGACGCAAAUACAUGUACCCGUGGGCUCGCCGGUAAUUAGAAAAAUCCCAGUUUUCGUGGACGAGCGCAACGUAACGGAGGGAGCGAUGAAGCUCAUUAAAGAGCUGAGACCGGCGUGGGACUCGAGCAACGUCAAGACCAAGCUCUUCACCGAUGGAACCACCAACAAGCUAGUGGGCUGCUACGUGGACGACAGUCCAGAUGACGUAGUCCUGGUCCGAGUAUAUGGAAACAAAACAGAGCUGAUUGUGGACCGAGACAAUGAGCUUAAGAGCUUUCAGGUGCUGCAUGCUAAUGGUUGUGCUCCUCGCCUCUACUGCACCUUUCUAAAUGGCAUCUGCUAUGAGUUCAUGCAGGGAGAUGCACUUGGAACGCAGGAUGUCAGAGAUCCUACUCUGCUCAGGCUGAUAGCCAGGGAAAUGGCUCGUAUCCACGCCAUCCAUGCACACAACGGCUGCAUCCCCAAACCCAACCUCUGGAUCAAGAUGCGGAAAUAUUUCUCGCUUGUAGCCACAGAAUUCACAGAGCAAGCCUCCAACAUCAGAAUACAGCAGGAAGUUCCCAGCAAGGUGGUGCUGGAGCAGGAGAUGGUUUGGAUGAAGGAGCAUCUUUCCACACUGGGCUCACCUGUGGUGCUCUGUCACAAUGACCUGCUCUGCAAGAACAUCAUCCACAACAGCAAAGAGGGUCAUGUGCGCUUCAUCGACUAUGAGUACUCCAGCUACAACUACCAGGCCUUUGACAUCGGCAACCACUUCAAUGAAUUUGCAGGCAUGACUGAGCCGGACUAUGGACUCUAUCCUAGUCGGGAGAUGCAAAUGGAGUGGCUCAAGGUGUAUCUGCAGGCUUACAAACUCUUCACCAAGAACACAGAGGAGGUCAGCCAGCGAGAGCUAGGGACGCUCUACGUUCAGGUCAACAAGUUUGCUCUGGCUUCUCACUUCUUUUGGGGUUUCUGGGCUCUCAUCCAAGCCAAAUACUCCUCCAUCGAUUUUGACUUCCUGGGGUACGCCGUGCUACGUUUCAACCAGUACUUCAAGACUAAACCUGCAGUGAUGGCCCUGCAGAUCCCAGAGUGAGAGGAGGCGAAGGAAGCCAGAAGGACGAGGAGAGGAGCCCAGAAGGAGGUGUGUUUGAAGGUUAAAUGCUGCGACUUCCUCUCCCAUGAGGACGCUUCUGUGAGCCAACUGUUGAUGGACCACUCCUCGGUCAGCCUGGCAUCCUUUUCCUGCAACAAGCGCAAUUACUCUUUGAUUCCUCCAAACUUUAGCUCCACGUACGUCACCGCUGUAGCCCGAGAAAGACAAAACUUCCACGUGUGUAUGUGUGCAAGUGCAUUCGUCUGCGUUUCUAAUAUAUGUUGAAAAACCGUCACGCUUUUCCUCUUAGAGCAGCUGAACCAGGCGUAGAGAGGUCUGUGUUUGGGAUAGGACACCAAAAUGUUCCACAACGCUGGUAAUGAUGUCACAAGAGGAAGGAGAGAGUUGAGGAGUGUCAGGAUGAUGGUUUGUUUUCUGAAACUGACUACAGGUGCAGCCUGGUGUUAGUCACAUUGUAUGUGUGUGUGUCUCGUGUGUGUUCCUUCCUCUGUCUCUACAUAUUUUAACACAUUGUGACCUUUUCUCAUGUUUUUUUUUUCCCAUCAUCUUUGGUGCUAAGUGCCCGUAGCUUUCUGCACUGAGCUUUCCUCGGGGUGUCCUUUCCUGUGCCCCCUGUUUUUCCUGUUGAAGCACUUUCAGCUUCUUUCACCACAUCUUCCAGUUAUUCACAGCAAACUGCUGCUGCUUAUGCUGCUAGAAUUGUAAGACUUGUCUGCGUGUUAGUCGGUGUUUCAUGCCAAACGCCACGUGUUUGGAACAGCAAAUGGAAAGCUUUAGGUUGACUCACUGUUAAAGCUAAAUGUGCAUUUAUUUAUUUGUAUUUAACAUCUCAGGUUAACAACUCUUUGGAAAGUGGUACUGAAGGAGGUGGAGGGGAUGGCUACAAAGACGAGACCUCUGUGUGUGUUCUUGUCCUCGAGCAUUAUUUCCACCUUUUUGACUUUUAUGGUUACAGCGCAUCGCUCUGUUAAAUUUUCCAUUUAAGGUUUCCAGACAUUUUGGAAAGUCACCACCUCUGUCACCCUCCCUGUGCCAUGUCCUUCUCUCCCUUUAUACCCUUUUAUCUUUGAUUGCCCACCAGUUCCCAGUUUUGGUCUUUGGUUGCUUCUCCCUUUACUCUGCGGAGGUUUAUGCAUCUGUUUUUCAAACCGUCCUGAAAUCAUAGCCCAGUCUCAGGCCCAUGCUGUAAUCCACUCUAUUCAUCUCAGAUUCAGAGUCAAAACUUCUUACAUAAUUACAUAUUGCAUAAGUUUUAUCUGGGGUCAAAUCAAGUGGAGCUUUCAAAAAGAUUCUGGAGUGGGUUAGCUGGGGGUGUGUGUCUGUCACGAGAUCAGCUACUAUUUUCCUGGGAAAAAGAUCUGACUCUGAAAGACGGAGAAAUCAUUAACGCACAAAAGUACUUACAGCUUAGAAAGCAGGCUUCUUUGAAUUCUAGCUAGUCUGUUUGUUAUUUAUUAUUUUUUUUCAGCUUAACUUUUGACUGAACACGAAACCAAGCAGAAAUGUAUCUGUUCAAGGCUGUCACCUUUUUCAAAAGACCGGUUCAGGCAGAUUGAGUGUAAUUUGAAACAUAGACUGUAUAGAAACGAUGGAUGUAAUGUGAUGUAAUGCACUGUGAUGUCAGCCAUUGGUGAGCAGAGUCUCAUUUUGAAGUCUCGAGUUCUUUCUGAGAUGUGGCUCACAGAUUUUUGUCAGUCAUAUGCAAAAUCAUACAGUACUGUAGUUAACUUCUGACUCAAUAAUAACUAAUAAUUAGUCAAUAAUUAAUAUAAUAAUAAUAACGUACAAAAAUUACAUAUUGGAAAGUGUAAGACUUGAAACUAGUAACUAUUCAGACAAUAAAGUCAUCAAUGAUAUGUUUACAGAGUUCACAAACUAAGUUUUUCCAGAGGCUUCUAAGCAGUUGGAUGUCUUUUUGCGACCUCCCCGCUGGACAUCCCAGUCACUGCAGGGCAUCCCAGUGCAAAACUAGAGGGUGGAGCUGGUGGGGUGGAACCUCUCGUUUCCAUCACCGUUGGCCAAACUUGGCUAAAAGCGGAGCAGAACUGGCAGCUUUCUAAAGAAGUCAUGGGGUGUUACUCCUCCUUGGCACCAAAGAGGGAGCUCUGACCUUUGUCCUCCACUGCUGGUGUCGUGUAACUGGAAGGCUUAAUAAUUCACCAGCUGAGCUGCAGGAGAGAGGGACCAAAGCAUGUUAAUGGCUUUCAUUCAGAACAGUUAACCCGAGAGGGAUUUUCUGAGGGGUGCUGUUAAUAUCUGAAGUCUUUAAUCGUUCUUAACUUUAGGUAAAAUAAUUCUCUUCUCCUCAGUGUGAAUAAGAACUGAUUGUAACAGUACAAAACUCACUGGGUUUAAAAGUUAUUGAUGCAUACUCUGGCACAUAUUCAGGAGUCUUUUACUUCACUUAGUGAAUUUUAUUAUUUAAAUGUUAUCAAAAGACUUAUUUUAUGCCACUAACAGUGAAGUAAUCAGCUUGGUGCAUUUGCAAAGGCCAAAUUGGUGAAUUUGCUGCUUGAACACACAAUUCUAAUACCCAGGUAGGACAUCAGCCGGGAUAAAGAGGGCAUUGGCUCUCCAUGAGCACCGAGUGAAUAUCUCCAUUCCCUUCAGAGGACACUGGUACAGGCUGCUGACAGCUUUUUGAAGGGAAGGCAUUUUAGGUUCCUGUAACAUUGUAUCUUAUAUGCUAACAGAAGAUGAAGCUCAGUGUGUGGGAGAUGAACUGAAGACACAUUCCAACAAAUCUUUGCAUUUAUUUAGCAGCUGUUUGGAUCUUUGGUCACCUUACCCACUACUGUAGUAUCAUCCAUUAAAGAUGCAGUGUUCAGAUUUCAUGUGGCCAAAUAGAACAAAUUUAAAAAAAACAAAACAAAAAAAAACAAAAAACAACUAGCCCGGACAAAUAGACCAAAUAAAAAAAUGUUUGACUUUAUUUAUUUGCACAAGUCUUUCACUGCUCUGUCUGUGAGUGCACUUCCUCAAACAGGGAGUGGAGACAGAGAUGGCUAACGUGAGAUAAGACACCAUUAACUGAGCUGUCAACACAUCAUCUCAACUGUGAUAAAUCCAUCCAACCAGUGUUAAAACGAAUGUGACAAGAAAGCGAAACCUGAUAUUUGAUCCAUGAUAUUGACACAAUAUUGCAUCCGUAUUCACAAUGCUGCAACAACUUUUUCUCUUUAGACUGGGCGCUGGGUAAGGUGACAGCAAACAGAAAAUGAGCUUGACUCUGAUCCCCAUUUCCAGACAAAUGCAUCCAUUUCAUGUGUUUUUGUGUCGACUGCUGAGACCGGCUGUCUGAAUUUGCUGUUCCACGCUGGCUAUUGAAACGGUUCACUGUCACCAUGUCGUCACUUUAUACGGUUGUUUUAAAAUCAGUUUGUUUAUUAUUGAUUCUAAGGUUGCAUUCCACACUUUCUUAGUUUGUUGCAGUCCAGUCAUACCAAAACAGUUAGCUUCAGUUUGCAUUGCAUUUAAUUUGAGAUUAACUAUGUUUGUGUGCGUGAAUGUACUAACUUAAUUAUACAAAAUACUGUACAGAAAACGGACUUUUUUUUCUUUGUAUGCUGACAUAUACUUUUUGUAAGUGCUUUAACUUGAAAGGUAGAGCGCUGUGUAAAAGGACGCAGCGCUUGGUUUGCAGAUGUGACUUUGUAAAUGUACUCAUCCACUGCUAAAGGAGAUGAUGAUGGGGGAUGUAAAUAUUGUAAGAAAUACUGUGAAAAGCUUACUGUACAGUGAUCCUUCACACCUCUGUAGGAGUGGCAAGAUUAUUUAACUGUUGUUAGUAAAUAUUUCCAUUAAAAAGAAUGA